CCGUACUCUUUGCACCAGUACUUGACUUAGUUAGUACUAAUCUACUAGGUAGUGAGUGCCUAUUUCAUACUGAAUCUGUGGGCACUUUGUAAUACUUUAUGCUUAGGUCAUAGAUUAUACACUUAAAUAUUUAUGUUGUAAAAGAAAAGUCAAGUUCUAAUCGGGGAUCAGCAAGGUAGAAAAUAAGUUUACCUCAAGAUUACAAUUGCCAGAGUAUUAUAACAUCUGUUCCAAGGCAAUGGAAAAGUCAGGUUCUCUAGAAGUAUGCAUUGAUAGCUUAGAAUCUGCAGUAAAUGCAAUUAAUGGUGGGGCAUCAGAGUUAGAAGUAUGCAGUUCAUUGGCAGAAGGAGGCCUUACGCCAUCACCUGGUCUUGUAGUGGAAAUAUUAAAUAUUGUGAAGAAGAUAGAUCGGAGAUCAAAGAAAAAAUGCGAAGAAACAAUAGAUGUCGAAAAUGUUCCAAAGGUUAAUAUCAUGAUCCGAUGUAGAGGCGGAUCCGAUUUUAACUAUUCAGCACCAGAAAUGGACACAAUGCUAGCCGAUGUACGCCAUUACAAAACAAUGGGCGUAGAUAGUUUCGUCUUUGGUGCUUUGAAUGGAACGCGAGGAAUAGACAAGGAACAAUGUUCUAGAAUAAUUGCAGAAGCACAUCCAAUACCGGUUACAUUCCAUAGAGCAUUUGAUCUAUGUUUUGAUCCAAAUGUUGCCAUGAAAGAAAUAAUAGAACUGGGAUUUAAACGGCUUUUAACUAGUGGGCAGAGACAAUCGGCGGGAGAUGAAGAUGCGAUACAGUUAAUAAAUAAUUUACAGCAAAGAUAUGGCCGUGAAAUAGAAAUUAUGCCUGGCUCUGGCGUGACCAUAGUUAAUGUGAAAAAAUUUAAAGAUAUGGGUUGCAAAUUCUUUCAUAGUUCUUGUAAGGUUGUGAAGAAAGUUGAUGAUUUUGAGAAUGAUCUGGGAAUGGGUGUGGGUAAAAUUUAUGUUUCUGGUGAAGAUAUUGUUCGAUCUAUGGUACAGAUUCUCAGUUGAAUCUAUAUAAAUAUUAUUAAGUGAUAAAAUAGAAUUCAUCAAUAUAUUUAUCAACGUUGUUUAUAUCUUUUAUCGUCAGAGACUGUAUAUUUAUGUAAAGUAUGUAUGUGCAGUAAAGAGCUUAAUUUUGAAA